AUGUUUGAUUUGUUGGGACGGAAAUGGUUCCGCUGUUGUUUCGAUCGGACGACAAUCGGCGACGAACGCAACGUUCAAACUGCAACAAUCCAAAUCACACUUUUUGACACUUACUGCUGUAAUUCCGCCAAGACAUGGGCGAGCAACCAGUGAGAGUCUUGGCGUGUGGGGAUGUUGAAGGCAAGCUGACCGCUCUGUUCAACCGAGUCCAGACCAUCCAGAAGAAGACGGGACAGUUCGAUUUGUUGCUGUGUGUUGGAGAGUUUUUUGGGACGACACCAGAGGCCGAAGCGGAGUGGCAGCAGUACAAAACCGGAGCCAAGAAAGCUCCCAUCAGCACCUACAUCCUCGGAGCAGCGAGUCAGGAGACGGUGAAGAAUUUCCCCAGCACUGACGGAUGCGAGCUGGCUGACAACAUCACAUAUCUGGGUCGGCGUGGUGUGUUCACGGGCGUGUCAGGAUUACAGAUUGCCUACGUCAGCGGUCGGGAGGCCCUGCAGGAACCAGCGCCGGCUCACUGCUUCACAUCCAAAGAUCUGUCAGCCCUCGUGGCGCCGCUGACCAGCAGCUCCAAGUUCAGAGGAGUCGACAUCCUGCUGACGUCACAGUGGCCCAGAGGAGUGUGGCACUACGGAAACAACCCGGAGGUGAACACUAAGUUCUGUGGCAGCGGCUCCGUCGCCAGCCUCGCCGACAAGCUCAAACCGCGAUACCACUUCGCUGCACUAGAGGGCGCUCACUAUGAAAGACUCCCGUACAGGAAUCACGUCGUUCUCCAGGAAAACGCUCAGCACGUCAGCCGCUUCAUCGCCCUGGCAACCGUCAACAACCCCGGCAAGAAGAAGUAUUUGUACGCCUUCAACAUAAUCCCCAUGAAGAACAUGGACCCCUCAGAGCUGGUGAAGCAGCCGCAGGACGUGACAGAAAACCCGUACAGAAGCUCCGCGAAAGACAAGACAGACAAACAAAGGACGGGCCUCGAAACAGAGGAGGAGCCGGCUGGUCAGUUCUUCUUCGACCUCAGCAACAAGCACGGCGGCGGCGGCGGUCCUCGCGGCGGCGGCAGGAAGAGAUAUUCGGACGGAGAAGGACGAGGACAAGACCAGCAGCACAGAGACGGGCCUUACCAGGGACAACCCAAACUGCCCCGCAAGCACCCUCAGCCCACCGGUCCCUGCUGGUUCUGUCUGGCCAGCCCUCAGGUGGAGAAACACCUGGUCAUCAGUAUCGGAUCACACUGUUACCUGGCCAUGGCUAAAGGCGGCCUGACUCCUGACCACAUGCUGAUCCUGCCCAUCGGUCACUACCAGUCCGUGGUGGAGCUGAGCUCAGAGGUGGUGGUGGAGAUGGAGAAGUACAAGUCGGCCCUGAAGAGCUUCUACAAGAGCAAAGGAAAGCGCUGUGUUCUGUUCGAGAGGAACUACAGGAGCCAACACCUGCAGCUGCAGGUGGUGCCGGUGCCUCUGGACCGCUGCGCCACAGAGGACAUCAAGGAGGCGUUCAUGGUCCAGGCUCAGGAACAACAGAUGGAGCUGAUGGAGAUCCCUGAACACACCGACCUCAAACAGAUUGCUCCUCCAGGGACACCGUACUUCUACGUGGAGUUGGACUCCGGAGAGAAACUCUACCAUCGCAUCCAGAAACAUUUUCCUCUGCAGUUUGGAAGGGAGGUUCUGGCCAGCGAGGCGGUGCUGAACAUGCCGACUAGAGCCGACUGGAAGGAGUGUAAACAGAGCAGAGAGGAGGAGGAGGAGAGCUGCAAACAGCUGAGAGACGACUUCCAGCCGUACGACUUCGCCUUGGACGACUAACACACACACACACACACGCAGAUACACAAAGAUACACAACAGUCAGGACAUUUGUCGGUGUUGCUGCUUUUGUUUCUUUUCUACAGAAUUUUCUACCUUUUACUAUAAAAGUGAUGAAGCAGUUGAGGAGAUUAACGCCACUCUCAUGUUUGUGUGGUGGAGAUGUAGCAUAUCAGCUGUCAGUUAGCUUAGCUUAGCUUAGCUUUGUCUCCAUGGCAACAAAAUCCACCAUCUCACAAAUCAACAGGUUAUAUGUUGUUAACUCUCAGAGCUCCACAGGUGGGUAGAUGUUGCCGCCUCUGCACAGAGCCAUGCUAAGUGUUUCCCCCCGUUUACAGUCUUUAUGCUAAGCUAAGCUAACCAGCCUCUGGCUUCAGCUACACACUUACUGCACAGACACACACGUGGCAUCAAUCUGCUCAAAUCUUGUCAAGAAUGCAAAUAAACUUAUUUCACAAAUAAACCCAAAAGUUUCA